GGCGGUGGCAGUCAGUCGACGGCAGCUCUCCAACUUGGUCCAAGCUCCCAAGUAUAUAACUCAUUCCGUGUUCCCGCGCCCGUUCAAACGCACACUCCGUAACGCGCUUCGACAUGGCUUUGCGAUUUGCGGUGUUAGCAGCUUGCUUGGUAGCAGCAUGGGCUCAGCAGCAGCAGGUACAGCGAACGACCCCAGUGCCAAUCCUGAAGCAGAUCAACCGACAGAAUGAGGACGGCUCAUACAGCUACGGCUACGAGUCGGCCGACGGAACGUUCAAGAUCGAGACCAAGUACCCGACCGGGGAGGUCUACGGCAAGUACGGUUACGUGGACGCUGACGGCAAAGUACGCACCGUAGAGUACGGCGCCUCCAAGAAGGGCGGAUUCAACCCGGCCGGCACCGACAUCAACGUCCCGCCGCCGACCCUCGUCAACAACAACAACCUCGCCGACAGCGACUACGACGACGGAUCCUACAGGGAGGACCCCAGCAUCUACUACAAGAACGACCCCAACUCCGCCCCCGCUGCCCCCGUCCAGCAGGCCAAGCCCCUCAAGGCUAGGUUCAACAACGCUCCAGUGACGCAAGCACCAGCUUUCCGCCCUCAGCAACAACAAUUCCCUCAGCAAACCACCGGACAGAGCUUGAGCUGGUCCGCACCCGCUCAGUCCAGAACCGCAUGGUCCGCGCCUGUAGCCCAACCUCAACCUCAGCCCCAACCUCAAUUCCAACCUCAACCCCAACCCCAGGUGAACUGGGCUCAACCAAGCGCCUACGCCCCACCCAACUACGAUCUCUUCAGAGGACACCCUGCAGCCAACAUUGACCCCAUCACCGGCUCAUACUCUCUCCAGUACGUAGGAUAAGUCAUGCGGCCUAAACCUGCGCUAUGGCUACCGCUGAAUUACUGCGGUAGUGCUGCCCUCUAGUGUUCAUCAGAGACACCAUCUUUACGAAGAAGACGAAAUUAUUUCGGAACUGAUUGAUAUACAUUUUCCACGUUCUUAGUGGUAAUUUGCUUGUUUAAUGUUCGAUGACCCUGGUGGGCACUGAGAGGCACAGCCUGUGAUUAAAGACUGCUAGAUUUACCACUAAAGUCGAAGAGCGUCAAGAAACCACCUUUUUUUUGAACAUCAAAUUUACCAGUCAUAUUAAAUUUCUUCAAACAUCCCCAAUGUUAAGAUAAAUGAUUCCCUUUUAAAUCCAGAGGGGAAAUUGUAUCUAUCGGUGCAGAUUUCUUACAAGCUAAGGAUUCUUCGACUUAAAAAAACGGGUCGUUUCUUACGCAAAUUGGCAGCUAAGAUUCCGUGUUUCAUAAAUGCCAUGGAAGUUCUUAAUUUGUAGGAGAAUAUACUCUGUACCAUAUAAAAUUUGAAAAGUUCAUUUUUAUUCAGUCAAAGAUUUUUUACUCCAGUUCUUCAUGACUGAAGAAUAAACUAGUCUUGUUAUUUUCAGUAUUACGCUGCAAGCUCUCACUUCUGUGGCUCUUAGAUAAGAGCUCAGAAUUAGAUUUCAUCUGAUGUCCCCUUAUUUUGUAAGGGGUUGUAAACAUCUUAAAGGAUUAAAAAUUAGGAAGUCCUCCUCUGAAAUUUUAAUCUCACCUGUAUAGUAUCUUUCCUUUUUUUUAUGAAGAAAAAAUGAAGAAAGAAAGUAUCAACAAAUCUUGUUAUUGUACACUUUUCCCAUCAGAAAACUUCCGAAUUAAGGAGUAUGCUUAGAAAUAUAUGUAAUUUUUAUGAAAUAUUAGAAAAUUUCUG